AUGAGUAUCGAUGAAAGAGCAUUAGUUGAGGUCGAGGAGAGAGUAUUCCAACAUUAUUCAGUGGCCCACCGGAUAUAUUGCGUUCCGGUAGAUGAUGACGAAGAGAAUAGACUCGAUAUACAGUAUCCAAUUAUGAAAACGCUUUUCGGGUGGGGAUUCAAUGAAGGCCAAUCUGGAAGACUCUGGUUCCCGCCUAUUACUCCUAGGACAGUGCUGGAUUGCGGUUACGGGUUUGGAAAUUGGGCAAUUGAGGUCGCUCAAUCGUAUCCUACUUGCCAGGUCCGAGGAGUCGACAUUUACCCAGCAGACUUAGCUGCCGAGCCUACCAACCUGACCCUCCAGGUACACAACCUGAACCGUUCGCUAGACGAUAUACUUGAGCCCGGAGAACCGAAAUUCCACUUGAUCAACUCGUCGUUUGUCGGUCCUGGUAUCCACCGAGGAAGAUGGCCGUAUUAUGUCCACGACUUGAAGAAGCUUACAGCGCGAGGGGGUUGGGUUCAGAUGAUGGAAUACAGUUAUUUCAUUCAGUCGGACAGUGGUCUUCUUACGCCACAACAUGCCUUGAGUCAAUGGUAUGCGUACUACUACCAAGCGAUGACAAUGGCAAAUGGCGGGGAUAGAGACCCGGCCAUUGGCGGACAGUUGCGACAACUGAUGACGAAUGCUGGUUUUUCCAACGUUCAGGGACAGACAUAUAGUUUGCCCAUUGGAGGUUGGCGAGAGGGUAUGGAAAGGAUUGGUAGAGACAACUUGGAUAACAUCGAGGAGCUUCUCAACUCCCAGGCCAUUUGGCCAUUCACUCAACUGUUGGGAUGGAGCAAAGCGACGUUCGACGCCUUCACGGCACGGGCGAUGGUUGAGGCGAGGGACGCGACGCUCAAGCCAUACAUCCGCGUGUAAGUUGGAGUGAGUGACAGCUUGCGACUAGCCGCUCACUAUUUAUCUAGGCAUGUGGCGUUCGGAAUGAGGCCAUAGAUCCGACCGAAGGAUUCGACAGCUCCGCGACGACGAGCUCCACUGCGGCGACCGAUUCUCCACGAUGUCCGACGGUACGCGGUGAUAUCGAACGAAGGUGUCGAGUCGCUUUUUCUGGUAUGCAGCCACUGAAGUUGUUUUGUUUCCAGUUCGCGUGCGGUCUUUCGUUCAUUCUUGUGGCGGAAGGGUGAACGUUCUGUUGGACUUCUCCUCCCCUCGACGUCCCCAUUAGCGUCUAUCGUCUGUACAGGGUACACGUAGUGUGGUAAUAAGACAAACAUACUCUCUCUUGUGCAGACCCAGCUCAUCA